AUGGAAGAGAUUUAUGAGGUGUUAUGGGCAUGGCUUAGCGCUGUUCCACUGCCAGAUUCUUCCGAUCUGAAACAAAUCAGUGACUGGGGCAAGACUUUCCUCCGAAAGUUUAUAAUUGAUCGUCUGACCGAAUCGAUUUACGAUAUGGCAGUUGUGAACUUUCCAAAGUCCUAUCCGACGCUGUCCACGUUGAGGAAUUGUAUGAUCAGAGUACUGGAAUAUGGAAGAGAAAAACUGGUAAACACAUUGAUAGCUGAUGUUGAAUCGCAGUUGUUACAUAUCGCUGUGGAUACCCCCACUAUCCUCAAUGGUUAUUCAUUGUGUGUAGAGUCACUCAGAGAACUUGAUCCGUCUUGCGUCAUCAUGCAUAGAGUGUGCAAAGUUAUAAAGGAAUAUCUAAAGAAACGCCCCGACACCGUGCGUCAAAUCAUCAAUUACAUCACUUCCGAAAAACGAGAUGACUUAGCAGCUCACCUGGCCAAUCGUUGCGGUACAAUUGUGGAUGAGGACGAGUUGACUGGAGCCAACGAUGAUUUUCUCCCAGAGGCAAUGAAUCUUUCAUUGUGGAGACAUUGGAUGCCCGAUCCCAUCGAUGCUAGUCCUGGGGAAAGCGGUCGCUUCCGCCAAGCGGCUGAUGUUUUCAACAUGCUUGUUUCUGUUUAUGGCAGCAAGGAAAUGUUUGUGAAAGAAUAUCGUCAACUCCUUGCUGAACGUUUGACCAGUAGUAACACAAAAGAUCCUAUUUUCGAAAGGCGGUAUCUUGAUCUGCUCAAACUCCGAUUCAAUGAAGGUGAACUACAGCAGUGUGAAGUCAUGUUGAAGGAUAUACGAGAUAGUCAACGAAUUGAUAGAACUGCACUUGGAAAGAAGUGUAUACCUGUAUCGGCAUGCGUCAUAUCUUCUCACUUCUGGCCAAAAAUUGUCUCAGAAACAGUCUCGGAGUUUCCUGCUGCUCUUGAGGAAGCAUUGGUAGAGUAUGAGAAAGCAUUUAUGGAUCAUAAAGAGUCAAGAAAACUACAGUGGAUGCGAGCAGUCGGAUGUGUAGAAGUGACCCUAAAGCUAGGUGACGUGGAAGUGGACAAAGUUGUGCCGAAUCCUAUAGCAGCGGUACUAUAUCUGUACCUGGAGAAAGAGAGUUGGACGGUGGCUGAGGUUGCAGAAAGGUUAACCAUCUCGAAGGGAGUUGCACGUCGUCGGUUGGAGUGGUGGCGAACGCAGGGACUUCUCAUGCAGAGCCUUCCUACCGGAGCUACAGCCGAAGAGUGGUCUUUA